CGCUCUUCUUAUUUCUCUCCUCCCUCUGCGUUUCGCGUGACUGACGCACGUCCUUCAGCAGACCUGCCGACGCACUACACCUCGUCUCGACUCGCCUCGACUCAACAUCAGCCGCGCCUGCCGCCGCUCUUCCUUUUCGGCUCCUCGACCUCGCCCUCGCAUCGAUGGCUCUUUCGAGCCCGAGCGUCCCUCCUUCCGCCGACGACCCCACCUGCGCCUCGGAACGCUUCUCCCGUCGAGCGAGCUGCGACGCUCGACUUCGCGCGCUCGCCGGCACAUUUCCCUGCUCGCUGCGCUCGCGAGCUAGCCGAGCCAGCGCGGCGCGAGCCCAGCUCGGGCUGCUGUGCUCCGCUUCUCCGAGCGCCACGCGAGCGAGCGCCGGUGCUCUUUCGAGGAGGGGCGAGGAGGAUGGCAAACGCUGUCGGCCGAGGACGAGGGCGUCGGGCCGACGAGGAGCCUUCCCAAGGUGACGAGGGUCAAGCCUGGGCGCUCAGGUCGACCGAGUGCCGGCGGCUGAAGGCUGCAGGGCGUCGGCGAGGGCUGCGUGUGUGCUGGCGAGACGCCCCGGCGGC